UUAUUUGAAGGAAAAAUGAAAAAGUCUGUUAUUGACGAUUAAGGUAGUACUGGACAAACUGAAGAGUCAAACGAGUGUACAAACCCAACCUAGUUAACAUAGCAUUUAGAAGUGGCAACGUCGCAAUGAAAUAAGGGAGAUAGAUAUAGGAGUGAGAGAGACGGAUAUGUGAAUAAUACAGCUGCUUUUUAUAUACAUGCUGUCGUUGCCGAACAUAUACUUAGUCUAUUAUUUGUCAUUUGUGUAAUAAUACUCAAAAAAAUUCAUGAAAAAUGUCAAAUAAAAAAUUAUUUCAUUGGAAAGGAAAAAGAGUAACGGAAAGCAUGUACAAAAAAAGGUUGAAUUAGCGAAAAAGUUAAGAGGUGUAGUAGAAAGUUCGAGUCUUCUAACCUUAAUCCAGUUGUAAACAAAAAUACUAAUUCACCUGAUGUCGUCGAAUUGUCAAUGUUAAAACAUUGGCAAGAAAUAUGUAUUGUAUAGUUUGUGAAUCUGUAUUGAUUUUGGAAGACAUCGAAUUUGAAAAACGUUUUGGUCUGGCUUCAAUUUUCUAUAUAAAGUGCCGACAAUGUAAACAGAUAACUGGAGUCCCCACCGAUAUAAAACAUCAAGUUUCAAAUCAAAGCAGUCAUUUCGACUGUAAUACCAAAGCUGUAAUUGGCGUUAUGAAUAGUGGUAUUGGAAAUUCACAUUUAAACAAGGUGUUAGCUGCAAUGAAUAUCCCAGAAAUUUGUUGGAAAACUUAUGAAAUACAUGAAACAGAAGUUAUCAAGGAUGCCGAAGACAUAGCUAAAGAAAGUUGUUUAGUUGCUGUUCAAGAAGAAAGGCAUUUAACAAUUGAAAAUGUGGAUCAGUUAAAAAAAUUGUUGUAAGUAACCGAAUAGCGCCAGAAUAGAAAGAUAGAUAAAUAGAUCUAUCAUAGAAUCAGGAAAAACUUUAAAUAAUGUAUUGUAAUUAUGCAAUGAUUUUUUAAAAAUGUUUUUAAAAUGGAUCUUUAUUUAUUUUGAAUUUUGUUACAAUUCAUUUGUAACAAUGAAUUUUAUUUCAUUAUUAGAUGCAAAUCAAAUAAUAAUUUUUAUGUAUAUUUUUAUACAAAUGAUAUUUUACAUAAGUCCUUGAUUUACAUCUUGGAAAUUGGAUAAUUACGUAAAUCUUUUAUUUUUUAACAUGAAAUUGUAUAUGCAUAAAUAUUUUUAUUUUUACUUUUACUUUUUACAAAUACUUUUUGUAUAAGUACUUUUUGAAAGUGUAUAAAUAUGUAGCACUUUUACUUAAGAUAAAAUUGUAUAUAGGUAAACAUUUUUAUU